CAAUUAAUUUAUUUAUAUUCAUCUGUAUGCAGAUAAAUUAUUAUGCAAAAAUUUCUAUUCAUGGGGAUAUGAUUUAUUUAUAAAAAUAAUAAAAUAUUUUGCCCUUAUAUCAGCUGUUCAUUAACAUAUUGCAGACAAUUCUGAAAAUAAUGAUUAAUAGUGAUAUUUAAUAAAAUAAUAAGCACAAGACGUAUUUUAAAGCUACUCGAAAACAGUAAAUUGUUAAUUUUGUAAAACAAUGAAUUCUGGGGUCCCAAACUGUUUAAAUACGCUCCUGAACACCUUUGUGAUCUCUCGGUGGAAUGUUUAUGUUUUCUUAUCGCGUAAGGACUUAACUUGUGUGUGCUCGUGCCGUCCUCGGUCCUACGCAACUCAAUAAAAGCGUGCCAAAGGCCAAGAUUAUUGCUUAAAUCUUUGUAACAGUCGGAAAAAUGAACAUGUUCUAAAGAAAGAUCCAAACACCGCUUAUCUAUCACUAUCCUUUCAAAUAUGUCACAUGUGUAACACAAUGUUCAAUCCGAGAUUUUACUCUGGCUGUCAUUGUUUUUGGGCUCUGUUUCUCCCUCAGUCAAGAUUAUUAUUCAAAUUCAGAAAAAUUCGACGGAAUGGCUACCCCUAAUUCAAUGCUGAUGGAUGAUAGAUGGAAGUCCAAAAAAGUUUUUCUCCUUUCCAUGAAUGCUUUAAAACAUCAAAAUCGUAACUUUACAAAUAAAAUCUCCAAAGUUUAUACAAGAAGAAUAAUCAAAAACUUUAAAGGAAACACCGUCUUGUAUAUGUUGAAAAGAAACAAUGAACAAUCUGAGGAUGGAAUAAACUGGAACAACUUGAGCAUGAACAAUCAAACUAUUGCUACAAUUUCUCCUUCAUCUGAUACAAUAGAUAAUUAUAAUUCUCAACAUUUAUCAAAGAUUUCAGAAACUAUAUCAAUAGAUCAUUUAAAUAUAGAUGACAACAAAUUUAAUACUGAAAAGUCAUUACAAGUACAGAAGGCUCUGUCACAACAAGUCACUCGAAAUUUACCAAACAUUUUAAGACCUAAAUGUACAAAAUUAAAAUACAAGGCAGAGAAUUCAGAAAAUUCACAGGAUUAUCGAUAUGACGUACCAGGGAACCUUCAACAUAAUUGUGAUCCUGUAAAACACAUAUCUAAAGAAGCACAUCAGACUACUGCAACAGAUGUAAAAAAAGUAUAUAUUAAAAACUCUGGAAACAAAAGGAAACAGGUCUAUAAGCCUUUGUCCAUAAAACAAGAGAGCCCUAAAUGGGUAUCAGAAAAUGAAAUUAGUGAAGAGACUUUACUUGAAGGAACUUCCAAUAAGAAGAAUUUUAACGAAAUAAAUGUGAAAACAUUUGCUUCUUCUGAUAAAAAUAAACUAAGAAUCGACGAUGUAGAAGAAAGCCAAACAGUUAUGACCGAUCAGUCACUAAAUUGUAUGCUUCAAUCCAAAAUGUACAUGGAACAAGAAUUUCACUUAAACACAAACAUGAUUGAUCAGGGAAAUAUAGAAAGUCAAGAUUUUAAGUGUACUUCAAAUCAGAAUGAAAUAAACGGAAUCCAGUCAGAACUUUGUAUUCCAAAUUAUACAGACUUUUUAGGCAUAGGGAAUUACUUGACAGAUUCUGAUGAAGUACACAAGUUAUUACAUCCAACUUUGGACGAUUAUAAUUACAAGACAGAUAGUAGAAACAGUGAUACCAAUGAUUUGGAUUUAUUAAUUAGACACAAUUGUGCAGAACAACACGUAAAAACGGUCAGAAAAUUGCUCCCAGAGAGUAUCAUCAUCAGAAAUGACAUCUGUGGACGAGAAAAGGCAAAUAACGUUGUAAAGGACACUGAAUCCUCCAUUGAAAAUACAGUAUUAUUUAAAAAUAUUGAACUUCCCGGUAGAAAUAUAGCACAAAAUGAGUUAAAAUUUGAAUGCAAUAAAAAUAUUCAAAAUAUUGGCAACUGGAAUGUUCAUGAAAUUCUUGACUCACAAGUAACUGCUUAUAAGAUUCAGGAUGAUAAUGUUCUGGAUUUGCCAUAUUCACUAGUAAAUAACAGCAUGACUAUUCAAGAAACAUCCGAUAAUUUGAUUACCGAAAGUGAGUUGCUUUUAAAUCAUAAGAAUUCACACAAGAAGAAACGUAAUAAAUUGACGACCAAGAAAAUGUCAAAAGAAAAAAGUAACAAAAACAAAUGUGAUAAUACUGCUGCAGAUUGUUUGACAGAAUGCACCGAGCAAUUUGGUGAUGGGUGCUUUCACGAAUUCAAAACCAGCAUUGUACACUACGACGCCGAGAAGAAUAUUUAUAAAAAUCAUUUAUACUUUAGUAAAAAUCUUAUAACUACUUACGAUUCCGCAUCUUGUGAAAAAAAGUACAAACGUAGAUCGGAUAAAAUAGAUCACAUUAAAAUAUUGCACGAGGCCGCAAUUUUACCGAAGGAACCACCAGCAUCGUUAAGAUGCACUAGCUGUUCUAAGAUUUACAGCAAACUUGGUUCGUUAAAAAAACACAUGGAACUCCAUGAGAACUUCCGUUUAACUUGUAAACGGUGCAGUAAAACCUUUCGGGAAAAGGUCGAUUUUACUCGCCACGUCGAUAGAAAGUGUCAUAAUGCAAAUACUCUGUGAGCCGGAUGAAAAGACAAGGCAUAUAAUUUAAACAUUUUAUUCUUUACAACAAUUAUAUUCUCAAAACGAUAUGCAUUUUAGUUUUAUAAUUGACUUUCCUUGUGAACUGCUCUGGUAGAGAUUUAUUUUUAAAAGAUGUUAUAAAUCGCCUUGACCAACAUCAUUAUAGAAUGUGAUGAAAUGUUCAUUUAAAAAUACAUUCAGAAACCCAAAA